AAGUGCUCGCUCGGUAAUGUCACUCACAGAGGCGCUAGCUACUCUCAGUCACAGAGAAGUGAACGCAAUGUCGACUACCACGGCCUCGGAAAUGACACCCGUGCUUGGAACUCUGCAGACCGUCGGACCCAGUAAUCAGACGUCACCGGUUCUGCCAGCCAACGUUCAGAGCGGUGCCACCGCUCAGCAGACAACCACGGUACAGCCGCAAACGCAGUCUCAACAGACCCAGUACGUUCCACAACCCCCCAAGCCGGUGCAACAAUCGUCCGCGCCAACUGCUUUCAGCGAUUUCCCCCAAUUCUUAACCAAAACGAGACUGCAAGACCUGGUAAGGGAAGUAGAUCCCACCGAGCAAUUGGACGAGGAGGUGGAAGAGAUGCUUCUACAGCUAGCGGAUGACUUUGUCGAGACGACGGUCAACGCAGCUUGUCUCUUGGCGAAACAUCGUCACGCCAACACUGUCGAAGUUAAAGAUGUACAAUUACACUUGGAGAGAAAUUGGAAUAUGUGGAUUCCCGGUUUUGGUACAGACGAGGUACGUCCGUAUAAACGUGCGACCGUUACCGAGGCACAUAAACAAAGAUUGGCGCUUAUACGAAAAACUAUUAAGAAAUAUUAAUCCUCUUGUAUUUUAUACAUUUUUACUUAUAUCAUCCAUUCUACUACUGACAAAAUUGUCCAUUUAUCUUGUACAUAACUCGCCCUCUUCACACGUGUGCCAAUAACAUUUCUUUAUCUAUUAAAAAUAUAGUAAUCUUACAGAAAUAA